GCGAGAGAGAGAGAAAGGGGAGGAGAGAGUAGAGAGAGAGGCUGUAGCAGAAGCUUCUUGUAUUCCUAGGCCAGUCGAGAAUGCAGCGCCUUUGCACUGUAAUACAUCAAAGGCUGUCAGACUUCUCUAGACUCAACAAUAAGUAAAGAGAACGUGGAAGACUCUAACAGAAAAGAAUAAGGCAUUUAAUACUAAAAGCAGAGAAAGAAAGAAAGAAAGAAAGAAAGAAAGAAAGAAAGAAAGAAAGAAAGAAAGAAAGAAAGAAAGAAAGAAAGAAAACAAGCCUGGAUGAAAUAUUAAAAGCAGACACAAGGAUCUCAAUCUCUCUUGCUGAGUGAGGAUGCCAGGCUUGCUGAACCGCUCCUCCUGGGCUCCUCUGCUGCUCAAAGCCUCCUGUGUGAAGUCCUGUGCCAAUGGUUACUUCCUGGGCCUCAACGCCCAACUCACCUACACCAACCCUGACAGCGAGCCCGUGGAAGGCGUGUUCGUGUACCCCCUGCAGGAGAGAGAGGUGGUGGUCGGAUUCGAGGCUGUGACCGCAGGGAGGGUGCUCAGUGUUCAGAUCCAGAGCCGAACCAAGCCUGAAGACUGCUGUCUGGACUGCUGCAGGAGCUCCAGCCUGGAGCUGCAGUGCAAGAACGGACACCUGAUUCUGGAUGAAGACAUGGAGCGAACCACUUUCAUCGUUGGCACUGGGGUGAUCAGCCCCCUGGAUAUUGUAACAGUGAUCAUCAGCACCACCCAGGAGCUACCCACGCUGGAGAAUGGCGCGAUCCACCUGCUGUUCCCUUCAGUGUUCACUCCCAUAGUGACAGGCGAGACAGUGCAGUCCAAGAGCGAGUCAGGGGUGAGGUGUGAUGAGAAUGGGCCCACCAGCUGUUUCAGAGCGGCGCCUGGGAAACAGGACAAGCCAUCUGAUUCUGCCCACUCUGUCUUCACGAGACAGGCAACGAAUCCACAGCCCUAUGAGAUGAACUUCGAGCUACUCGUCAGAGGGGCCUGUCUACUGGCCGGGUUGGAGAGCCCCACUCACGCCCUGAGAGCCGACGGGGACCCCAGUGCCAAGUCCGCCUCCGCCACUUACAUCACACUGGCUGAAGAGCACCCCUACAACUGCAACCUGGAGAUCAUCCUGCAUCUGAGCGAGCCUCAUACCCCCCAUGUGCUGCUGGAGGAGGGGCGGCUCACCUUCCAGGAGUACGAACAGCACAUCCGUGGCCGGAGAGACUUCAUCCACUGUAGUAGGAAGGAGGCUGACUCGGACAAGAGGCUGGAAUUCGUGCGGAAGCGCUUCCACAAGGACAUCCUGUUGAACCCGGUGCUGAUGCUGAACUUCUGCCCGGACCUGCGCGGUACCCCUGGCGACAUUCACAGGGUCACGCGGGAGCUGGUGUUCCUCGUCGACCGGAGCGGCAGCAUGAGCGGAGCCAACAUCCACAAGAUCAAGGAGGCGAUGAUCGUGGCUAUCAAGAGUCUGCCCUCCAGGACCCUGCUGAACAUUGUGGGCUUCGGAUCCAACAUCAAGUCCCUCUUCUCCACCAGCAGGGUCUACAGUGAGGACACCCUCUCCUUGGCCUGCGAGUACCUUCAGAAGAUGAGAGCUGACAUGGGGGGCACCAACAUACUGGGGGCUCUGAACUGGGUGUUCCAGCAGCCAGUGCACCGGGGAUACCCGCGGCAACUCUUCAUCCUCACCGACGGCAAGGCCAUCAACGCAGGCAAGGUGAUCGAGCUGGUGAGGAGGCACGCCAGCACUGCCAGGUGCUUCAGUGUAGGGCUGGGUCCUCACGCCUGCCGUCGGUUGCUGAGGGGCGUGUCUAGGGUGACAGGCGGGACAGCAGAGUUCCUCAGUGAUAGCGAGAGGGUGCAGCCCAAGCUCAUCAAAUCUCUGAAGAAAGCAUUGGAACCAGCCCUCAGUGAUGUGCGGAUAGACUGGUACGUGCCAGACAAUGUGGAGGCCCUGCUCUCGCCCAAUGAGAUUGCUCCAUUGUACCCGGGGGACCGCCUCAUUGGAUACUGCACUGUUUACGACGUUUCUGCCUUUCGGAGUAAGAAGGCUGGUAUUCAAGGACAUUCAUAUACUAGUCUUUAUUAUCAAUACCCUCGCCUCUCCUCCCACUGUCAGCAAUCAAAGGCGCGGGGUUCAAAGGGGCAGGCACAGGGCUCAGUCAGCUCCCUGUCCCAGGAUGACCUGUCCGCCCCCUUGGCUGGAGAGGUCUGCUGCCCCUCUGAGCGCAGCGACAUCGAGGAGGCCCUGCGUGAGAUCUCCCGCGAGAUUUCAUCCGAGUUCUCCUGCGCCAGCACAGCAGACGCAGUGUUCAUUACAGGUGGAGAGCUGGAUUUCUCGAGUGACAUCUGCAGACGGAUCCUGCAGUCCUCAUAUAUCCAGGAGCAGUACAUUUUGACGCGGUGCUCGGUCAGCAGCGAGUCGCCCAGCUCCCGUGAGAUCACCAUGGAGACGGGCUCACUGCCACAGGGUCUGGAGAAAGUGUCCCAGCAAGGUCCUAGGAGCCUGUCACGCUGGGAGUCGCCAUGGAAACCACCACCACAAACCGAGGCAAGAGGAGUGAAACCUGAGGUGACCAUGGCGUCGGGCAGCUCGGAGGAGGCUCAGCGGAAGCAGAGGUCCCUGGCCCGCUCUGCCCUGUCCAGCCGCAGCUUCUCCUCCCCACAGGGAGAGCUGGACAUGCACCGGCUGAGACGCGCACUGGAGAAGGUGUCCUUCGACCAGGUUAUGGGUGGGAGGCUGGAGGAGAGCGACGGGGAGACACACUCCACGCCACGCAAGAGCCUGACCGGCUCCAACAGCCUGCUGUUCCCUGCCUCCCCUCUUGACUGGGACGCCUUCACCGACCCCGAGUUUCUCUUCUCUGCUCUGCCCCCUGAGGAGGCAGCCCCGCGUGGGACCGACGCCCCAGUGAUGCACUGCCGCUCCCUCAUCCACGGUCUGAUUGGCGGGGAGCCUGUGUCCUGGGAGGCUACAGCCAGUCUGGUGCCUCUGUUUGCUCCCAGGGUGACGAGCAGCCAGGGGGAUGGUUGGGAUGAAAUGGGGCACCAGCUGACCGCGCGCUCCGUCAUCCAAGAUUUCGAGAUCAUGGCGGAGAAAGCGGUGGAAAUCAAUCAUGGGCCUGCCAAGAGGAACCGCCUGAAAGCCAUUCAGACUAGUAAAGGCUGCAACACCAUCUCCAUGUACACCACCUUCGCAGUGGUGGACAGCAGCACACAGAAGGGUCUGCCUGCCUCCGUGGAAGUGCACAACGCAGGAGUGCGGUUCGGUCCUCGCAGGAGUUCUCACUCGGGGAGCCGUCGUCAGAGAGUGUACUCCAUGGGUCUGGGGCGCCGGCCGUCCAGCCGGGACUCCGAGGAGCUGGACGAUGCCUUUGCACCCACAGAGAGAGACGACACUCCAGCCUCUCCCUGCAGCAUGAACUCCUGGGACAGCAGUCUAGGGGGCAGCUGGUACCCGAGCAGUCCCUCCGCCAUGUCUGUGCAAUCUCAGCCCUCGGUAGAGAGCAAGUCUGUGGAGAGCUUCUUUGGGUCCAGGUUCAGCCUGUCCAGGUUUCGGGGCUCCAGUUCUUCAGGAAAGCCGCCACCCCUCAAACCACAGUGUGUCUCAGCUGAGAUGGAGGAGUCUCCUGAGACUGAGACCACAGACUACCUCUCUCUGGUGCGUCUCCAGCUGGCAUCGGGGGCAUUCCUCUUGAAUGAUCUCUACUCCGAACAGGUCCAGAUACCCCUGGAGCGUCUCAAGAGAGCAUCUCCAUUCUCCAGCCACCGCUCCAGCCUCAGCCCCCCAUCCCGCUGCACCUCCCCACGGGCAGCAGCAGGCAGCACCCCUAAACCCACACUUUCCCAGCAGGAGCCUGGGAGCCUUAAAACCAACAACCCCAGGACCACCAGGGGUCUCUUUACUGAGAGGGAUGCCAUUGCCCUCCUUGACCCAGCUCUGACUUCAGCACCAGAUUUCAAUGGGGUGCUGCAGCAGGCGGACAGCGGGCGUGGCUCCGAGACAGACGUGUGCGAGGGCUCCCCUGUCCAAUCAGAGGCAGGCGUGGCGCCUUUCGACCUCUCCAGUGAGCAGCGGGCAGAGAGGGAUCUGGAGGGCUCAAGCUGGGCGACUGCAGUUGCGCUGGCCUGGUUGGAGCACCGCUGCGCCGGCUUCUUUGUGGAGUGGGAGCUGGUCGCUGCCAAGGCCGACUCCUGGCUGCGUGCCCAGCAGCUGCCCGAGGGCAUGGACCAGGCUAGCCUGAAGGGGGCGGCACACCAGCUGUUCCUGCUGCUGCGCCACUGGGAUGAGAACAUCAAGCUCAACAUUCUGUGCUACAACCCAAACAACAUGUGAAACCAGCCUACCUGCUGCAACGAAGAUGAAGUGGUGUAGCGGUUACAAGAGUCUCCUCACUGGCCCAGGACACCAACCCCUGUGAAAUGAGUUCUGCUGGUCUCAUUCAGCCUCAGAAAUAAACUCAGUGAAUUAAUAAUCAAAUAUACAGGAGACACCACUUCAGUGAAUCCUCAGUGAUCCAGUUGCUCAGGGUUUGUGAAUAGCUUGGAGAUCCGAUGUGGACGAAAGACACUAUAUACAUGCAAAAUGACAUACUAUAUACAAACUCCUCUCUGCAAUGACCUCCCCUCCCACUAAUUCCAGUCUACUGCAGGGUAAUCCCAGCGGCUGUCGUAUAGGAUCCUGCACUGCUAAGUCUACGAUUGCAAAGCUGUGCGCAGUGAUCACCAAAAGGAAAAUGAUUCUAUUAGACUGCAGGACGCUCACAUGAUCUGCAUAUUACAUACAGUUUAGCUUAGCUUAGGUACAGCAACUUGCUGAUUGACCCACUAAAAAAGUUUGUUUAAAAAUCUGCUUGUCUACUUAAAUUGAAUUUUUGAAAGUGCAUUUCUAAUAAUAAAUACAGCGUUACAUACAGAGCAUUUAAUAAAAGUACAUUUCA